AUGGCGAUGGCCCUGGACACGGCGCCAGGAACCUUCUACCAGCACCACUGCAUGUCGGCGGUGCUGCGGUACGUGAGGGUGAUGAGGCGGCUGCGGGCACUGGGCUACAACCCCGUGGUGCACCCGGCGUUCGGCGAGUGGCUGGUGAACACCUACGGCAUCGU